UAUUAAGCACACGUUCAUAUUAAUGGCUGAUUCAGAAGAUGAUGUUAUAACAGCUGUGGAUAUUUUGGAAGAUGAAAAGAACUUCGAAGAAGAAGCUAGUGCUUUGUUUGGAGAUUUUGAUAAUAAUAUUUGUACUUAUGAAAGGGGUUAUAUGAAAAGACAACCACUUUAUUCAUGCUUAACUUGCCGAUCGAUUAGUGAUAAAAGCGCUGGAGUUUGUUUAGCUUGUUCUCUCAAUUGUCAUGCAAAUCACAACCUGGUUGAAUUGUAUACUAAAAGAAAUUUUAGAUGUGAUUGUGGAAACACAAAUUUUAUUAAUAAUUUAUGCAAUCUUAAUAAUAGCAAAGAUGAUAUUAAUGAUAAUAAGUAUGGCCAAAAUUUUGAGGGCUUGUAUUGUAUAUGCAAAAGACCCUAUCCCGAUGAAGAUAUAGCAGAAGAAGAAGAAAUGAUUCAAUGUAUAAUAUGUGAAGAUUGGUACCAUCUAAAUCAUAUAAAAACAUCUAAUUUAAAAGUACCACAUUCUCUAGAAUAUGAAGAAUUUAUUUGUUCCAUGUGUGUAAACAAUAAUCCUAUCCUUAAUGAUUAUUUUGAAUAUUAUAAAAAAGGUACUUUUAUUAAAGAAAAUGAUAAUUCAUCAAAACAAAUCAAAUGCUAUUAUCAAGAGGUUAUAAUUAAGCAAAAUGAAAAAAACUUAAAUUAUGAAGAUGAUUCAAAUAAAGAAUCCCUUUUUUGGCCUGAUAUUAAUUGGAGGAAAAUACUUUGUAAAUGUGAUAACUGUAUGAAAAUUUACACUGAAAAUAAACUUGAUUACAUAAUUGAUCUUGAAGAUUCAUUAACAUAUUUCUCCAACAAACCUUCAAAUAUUAAUACAUCUUUUACUACCCUUUUACCUAUUAAUAAAAGUCCUAAAAAUGUAUCUAAAAUUAAUAAUGACCAAAAAAUAUUUAAAAGUCAGUAUGAAGAAAGUUUGGAGGCUUUUUCAACCUUAGAUAGACUCUCACAAAAUGAAAUGUUGCACCAAUUUAAUACCAUGAAAGAAAAUUUGAAAGAUUACUUACAAGAUUUUGUGACAAAUAAAAGAAUUGUAAAACGGGAUGAUAUUUUGGAGUUUUUUGAGAGGGAAGCCAAAAAGCCUAAAAUUGAAAAUAUUACUGGUUAUAAAUAACCUAUUUAAGCAUAUUUAUACAAUUAUUUUUAAUGAAUUUUAAAAAUGUUGUAUUUUGUAAAUAAUUAAUGUGUAUAUUAUUAAGUUAUUUUAUAUUUUUAUAAUAAAAUUGAACAAAAGAUCU